CCGACUCGGUAGCUCCUCAGAUAGCGAGCAGACCCCCCUCCCACACACACACACACACACACGCCCCGUGCACGCGACAUGACCACGCACGGAGUAUAAGAGGACGUUUCCCCCCUCCGGUGGAGCCAGCGGACAGACACGGAGAGAUUUACGCUGUCGAUGCUGGACGCCCUGAUCUCCCGCCGUUAGGAUCAGCGAGGCUCGACGACCGCGCCCACGACGCCCACCGACCCGCCCGACAUGAUGGCCUCCAGCGACGUGGACAACCGGGCCGAAGGUGAUGAAACCAAACCAGGUGCUUUGUUUUCCGACCAAAUCCCGUCAGAAAUGGAUGCGCUUUGUCCCCCUCCUCCAGGACCGACCAGACCGCAACGCUCCUACGAGAGGAUAGGAGGGCGGGAGGGAACCUCUUUCUGCCAGACGCUCAUCCACCUGUUGAAGGGGAACAUCGGCACGGGGCUGCUGGGGCUGCCGCUCGCCGUCAAGAACGCCGGCCUGGUGCUCGGCCCCAUCAGCCUGCUGGUCAUGGGUGUCAUCGCGGUGCACUGCAUGCGGGUGCUGGUGAAGUGCUCCCACCACCUCAGUGAGAAGGUGGACCGGCCGUCGCUCAGCUAUGGCGAGGUGAUGCAGUACGGCAUGGAGAACGUGUCGUGGCUCCGGAGACACUCGCAGUGGGGGAAACAGACGGUGAACUUGUUCCUCAUCAUCACUCAGCUCGGCUUCUGCUGCGUCUACUUUGUCUUCCUCAGCGACAACAUCAAGCAGGUGGUGGAGGCCGCCAACUCCACCACCUUCAGCUGCCAGGUGAACAGCACCAACCAGACCCAGGUGCUGGUGCCGAGCUUCGACUCGCGGCUCUACAUGCUCUGCUUCCUGCCGGCCCUCGUGCUGCUCGUCUUCACGCCAGACCUGCGCUACCUGGCGCCGCUGUCCCUACUGGCCAACCUCAUGAUGACGGCCAGCCUGGUGCUCAUCUACUUCUACUCGCUGACGCACAUUAAGUUCCCCAGCGACCUCCCCCAGGUGGGCCGAGCUCAAGACUACCCCCUCUUCUUCGGGACGGCCAUCUUCGCCUUCGAAGGGAUCGGAGUGGUGCUUCCCCUGGAGAACAAGAUGCAGAGGCCUCAGAAGUUCAUCCCCGUCCUGUAUGUGGGGAUGAGCAUCGUCACCUUCCUCUACAUCAGCCUCGGCACCAUCGGGUACAUGUGCUUCAGAGAGCACAUCGGAGGCAGCAUCACGCUCAACCUGCCCAACUGCUGGACCUACCAGGCGGUGAAGCUGCUCUACUGCUUCGGGAUCUUCAUCACCUUCGCGCUGCAGUUCUACGUUCCAGCCGAGAUCCUCAUCCCGCCGGUGUUGGCCCGCGUGUCGGACAGAUGGAGGACGCCCGUCAACCUGCUGCUGCGCACCGUGAUGGUCAUCUUCACAUGCGCCCUCGCCAUCCUGAUCCCGGAGCUGGACCUGGUCAUCUCUCUGGUGGGCUCGGUCAGCAGCAGCUUCCUGGCGCUGAUCUUCCCGCCCAUCCUCCAGACUCUGACCUUCCACUCGGAGGGCGCGCUGUUGCCGCCGGUGAGCGUGAAGAACGCGGCCAUCGGCGUCAUCGGGCUGGUCGGCUUCCUCACCGGCACGUACGUGGCCAUCGAGCAGAUCGUCGCCCGCAACACGCUGAAACACGAAGAGACGUUCGGCGCCUUCAGCCUCCAAUGACCACGGGCCACAUUUUAGAACACCAUUUGAAAUGUUUUUUUCUGUCUUUUUGCGUCUUUGCCGGUUUUCCUGGAUCCGGCGGCCAUUUUUAUCGUUUAAUCCAUCGCCCGGCGAAGCCGAGAGGACGUGCGGUUCCAUCCCUACGAAUUAUGAUGAUGAUUAUUCCUUCGAGGGGAUUUUUAAGAGCGGUUUUUAGAGGUUAGUUUUCACUUAAAAAUCCAUAAAUUUAUUGGCAUUUCACCAAAUUUUUAAACUUUGACCACAUUCAGAGAAAAAUCUCCUUUUUUUGUUUUUUCUUAUUUUCUUUGUCGCACUUUUGAUUUCUGCCUUAUCAGUGAAACACGACUUUAACGUCGACGACACACACCGACCUUUACUCUAGUGGCUGAAACCUAACGUAGAACAAUGAACGGGUUGAGUCGCUAACGAAGGUUUUUUAUUGGAUACCAUUUAAAUUGUGGGGAAAAAAACAUUUAUGAAUUGUAAGUAUGGAAGCCCAGAGAGGGAAAAAAUAGGGUGAGAUUAUCUUUAAAAAUAUAUAUUACUUGAAUCUAUGUUUCUACGUGUUUGUUGUUCUCAUUUCGGCCAAAAGUUACGACGUCCUAAAUACUACUGGAUGCAUUCCUGUUGUAGUUUAAACACAAGGUACUUUUAGUGUUUAGCGUUGUGUAACAUUCGUGGACUUUAAUGUAACAUUAGUGUAUUUUCUUUAGCGCGUUUUCAACGGCGCUAAUCUGCCGAAACGCUCUCCGUCCGUCUGGCCCUCUGGUGGCUGAAAUGAGCAUUACAAUAACAAAGAGCAAUAAUCCUACCAAAUAUAUACAAUCACUGUAGAUUAUCUUGACGGCUUCUUCUUCUUCUCCCCCCCACCCCCUCACCUGUUCGUAGUCGUAAACUAUUUAGAUCAGAUUCAGAAAAUUAAUAAUCAGAUUAAAUUUUUUCCUCUCUGGGCUUCUGUAAUUUUUCCGUUUCUUUCAUCGGCUCGAGUUACUCGCGUCCGUACGUGUUCACGAUGAAAGAAUAGACGUAUAUCACAUUUAAGGAAGACUGCCGGCUUCAGAUGAUGCAAUCAUAGGAUGCUGGAGAGUGAUUCUUGAUUUCCUUUAUGUACAUAAAAGCAACACAAUUAUUUUAAUAUAUUGAGGGAGGGUCAGAGUGGCGUUGUUGUUGUUGUUGUCAUAAUGCCCCAAAAUCGCAUAAUGCUGGAACAUCGGGCUCAAGAAGGAGUCGACUUGAAACUUGCUCAUGAGAUAUUUAUAUUUUACUGUAUAUUAUAUUUUUUUAAAUUUCUUUUCCUCAUUCUGUCAUAAACAUAUUUUUGGUUGACAUGUUUUUUUUUUGCACAUAAGAAACCAGGAUUUUAUGAGAACCCAGAUUAAUAAAAACUCACUGAUGCUCAACCCCAGAACAAAAAUCACCUUUUCUCAACCAAACAUGAAAUAAUUAAAAUAUAUCACUUUAAAAAUAAUAAAUGUAGCUUCACAACUUUUUGUUAUUCAAUUCCUUAUUUUUUCCCAAUGUUAUAAUGUAUUGACCACAUUCACGGGUCAGGUACUUAUAUUUUAAUAUUUUUUUGGUGAUAAUUUUCUCUUUCAACAUGUAUUUUUUUUAACGCAGCUGAACCUCGAACACGUCGUUCUGGUUUGAUUACCGGGACGCUCUGCUUGUAACAUUUCAUUUCCAAACCGAGGUAUUAAAUCAUAAACUUUAGUGACGCCAACACGAUAAGUUUCUUCUUCAGUUUCUGCUCUGUUGUCGUCUUCAGUGUUCGUGGCCGGAAACAAAUUUGUUGUUGUUGUUGUUUUCGACGUGUGGCCCCUCAUGUGAAAGCUGACGUCGCUUAGUGUAAAUAUCCAUUUGUUGCUCAUGUAAACGUCCAAACACACGAUGUGGACGCCUUGUAUGUACUCGUUAUUCUCCUGGUCCCUGAUAUGCAUAUAUCUAUAGAUAUAAUAGAGAUUCUCUCCACUGGACACUUCUCUCUGCUCGCCUUCACUGACGGUGGAAACCUUUACUUAACAUAGUUUUCAGGCAACUAAUCCGAAAGCAACAGUUCAAAAAGCUGCAAAAUUUAUUAAAACGGAUAAACAUUAAAAUGUAAUUUUAGUGCAGUUUCAUUUCUUAAUUCCUUCAUGAAUAAAUAACAUUCAAAAGCG